AUGUCAACCCGGUACCACCAGGCCACAACUGAUGGCUACCUGGAAAUUCUGAAAGAGGCUACCAAGAGGGAUCUCAAUCUUUCUGAUGAAGAUGGCAUGACCCCCACACUCCUGGCAGCCUACCAUGGCAACUUGGAAGCCCUGGAGAUCAUCUGUAGCAGGGGGGGGGAUCCUGAUAAAUGUGACAUCUGGGGGAAAACUCCCCUCCAUUGUGCAGCCUCCAAUGGACAUAUCCACUGUGUCUCAUUUUUAAUCAACUUUGGUGCCAAUAUAUUUGCCCUAGACAAUGACCUACAAUCUCCACUGGAUGCUGCUGCCAGCAGAGAGCAGAAUGAAUGUGUUAACUUGCUAGACAAAGCUGCCAGGGACCAGAGCAUCCUGAACCCAAAAAAGGUGGCCAGACAGAAGGAACAGGCCCAAAGAAACGUCAGGAAGCAAAUUAAAGAUUGGGAAAAGCUUCAGGAUAAACAUCAGAAUAGAAUGAAUCGCACAUUCAGCAAGGAGAAGGCUGGGACUCUAACUUCUUCUAAGGGCACUUUUCCCAGAUUAUCUUCUUCAAACUCUUCUGCAUUUGGGACAUUCUCCAAGGGUCUGAUGGAUACCUUCAAGAUAAGGGCUAAGAAGAAUAGGAGCACAGAAGAAGACCAGAUGGGAAAAGGAACAGAGAAAGAGAGCAGGAGAGGGCAGCGAAAUGUGAUGGAAGUAUUCCAGGAAGAUGAGGAAGAGUCAUUCACAAAUGGUUUCAAAGGCAAGAUACAGCUCACUGAAGAUGAGAACAGUGAUGUGCAGCAAGAGUCCAUUUUCAACCGUCCUGGUCUGGGCAAUAUUGUGUUUAAAAGAAAUUCAGUCAUUGAAGAUAUCCCAAACAGCAAGAGAGAGAUAGGUUUUAAUAUAGUUUCUGGAUUACUCCAGAAAGGAGGACCAGGAAGCACUGAUGAGACUAACCCAGAGUCAGAGAUAGAAGAAGGGGAUGAAGAUGAUGUGCCUUGGAAUGAGAAUGAAAUGGAAUGGGAGGAAGAUGAAGCAGAUAUUACCCCCCUUGAAUUGUUCUUGAUGUCUCAGAACCUGAGUGAGUUUAUCCCCAUCCUCAUGAGAGAAAAAAUAGAUCUAGAUGCCCUCUUACUUUGCUCAGAUGAGGAUCUCCAGAGCAUUCAAAUGCAGUUGGGCCCAAGGAAGAAAAUCCUCAGUGCCAUAGGCAGGAGGAAGCAGUUACUACAGCAUCCGGGCCAGAUGACUGACACAAGCCUCUGAUAAAUAAGUAUGUCCAGGAGUAGAAGUCAAGAUUAUGUGGCUUUUAUAAUGUAGGUCUGGAAAAUAUCUUGAUGGCAGGCCACUGCUUCUCUCUCUUUUCUUUCUAUACCUAAAAAAUAAACAAAUAAGACCCCAAAUCCAAAUGGGAACCUGGAAAAUCCCCCCAUUGCCUUCUGGAAUAAUCUUCCUUUAGUUCUUCACGUCCUGAACUCUGGGAAUACUCUUUCCAAAUAAACCACCACUGAGCAUCAUGAAGAGACCAAGGGAACAUGGAAAUGGUUGUCUCAUUUCAUAAGCUACAUUUUGGAUUUGUUUGUUUGUUUGUUUUUGUUUUUGUUUUGUUUUAUUUUGUUUUUGUGGGGCAAUGAGGGUUAAGUGACUU